GGGUCGAUCGUUAACGCGUAGCUCCGCACGGCCAUUGUGUAAAAAGAAGCCACGACGCUCGGUUAGUGCACGCUGAGGACGGGACGGUGUAGUUUUUCCAAGUUUUCCUCUUGUGAUAUUUAGACUGUGCCAAUAUAGAAACGAGGGAAACCACACAAAAUGGAAGACGACCAGCAGUUCUGUUUGAGGUGGAACAACCACCAAAGCACACUAAUCCAAAAUUUCGACACACUUCUCGAAAGCGGGACGCUGGUCGACUGCACCCUGGCGGCGGAGGGGAAAUACUUAAAGGCCCAUAAAGUAGUUCUCUCCGCAUGCAGUCCCUAUUUUGAGGGCCUCCUCAGCGAACACUAUGAUAAACAUCCCGUCUUCAUACUCAAAGAUGUUAAGUUUAAAGAAUUAAAAGCGAUGAUGGACUACAUGUACAGGGGAGAAGUAAACAUCUCCCAAGACCAAUUGGCAGCGCUACUAAAAGCCGCUGAGUCUCUACAAAUAAAAGGUUUAUCGGAGAGUAAAACGGGUGGUAGCAGUAAGACGGACUCUAGGCAACAAAAGGUCGUUCCACAAGCAAUGGCAGCGUCGUUAGACAUUCCACACGCGUCUUCCGGGCUAACAAUAGAAAAAAAUAAAGUUCCUAGGCAGGGUAUGGCACAAGGUUCCGUAGGGGACCUGCCUGAAGACUCGGCCAGUCCCCAAGUACCUAAGGGUCUCUCCUCGAGAGAGGGCUCCCAAAGUCCAACAUCGAGGAAAAGAAAAAGAUUUAGAAGAAGAAGCGUCGGUGAAGAUAAUUCGCUGGAGAAUCACGAAUCGAAUUCGAGUGAUAUGCCUCAGCAAAUGGGUGUCCCUGCGCUCGGUAUCGCUCCGGUCGCAGACGAAAAGACGCACGCAGACCCCACGGACUCACUUGGCAGAUCAGCGUUAAUGACGCAGCUGACGAAACCUGCGGACGAAAUGCUACAGCUGCCACUCGAAAAGCCCGAGCCAAAUGAUAGUCUCAUCGAGCCAAAGUCUGAAUAUCUCGAAGACCCGGAGGAGAGCGUCGAAGACCUGACGCUCGAUGACGACAUGAAUGACCUCAGUGAAAUGGAUGGCGAUAACAACAGAGCCGGACCGUCUCACGACCCCUCCCAGCAUCCUGCAGGUAUAGGCGCGUGGCAUGUUACCGGAGAUCGAAGUAACACGGGAGGUGUCGUGGGCUCAGUGGCAGGAGCUCCAGGAACGACAGACGAAGUUUUUCUUGCAGCCCAGGAGGCCGCCCAGGCCCACCGCGACUCUCAAGCGAGCCCCAUGAUGGAGGGUGUCUCUGCCAGCGAGCUGAGAUUUCGGUGUGUCAUGUGCGGACGCGGAUAUAGAUCACGGUCUUCUCUGACGCGACACUCCAGGUACGAGUGCGGGGAACUCGGGUCCAGGUACACGUUCACCUGCACCCUCUGCGGAAAGUGCUUCUGCCGGCCGGACCAUCUAAAGCAGCACAUCCUGAAUAUACACGGCGGCUCGGUCGCUAAAUAGCGCUCUGUGACGCUGCGUAGCCGUUCUUUUGUUUAUGUUUACCUCGAGAGGACGAUUCUUUCUCGGCGGAGAGACUUUUCGCGACUUUUAGGACGACACGCACCAUCCAUCCAUCCACCCGUUAUAGCCUUUUCAGCUCGCCGAAGUUAUUACUAGGAUAAUUGUUAUUUAGGCCGGAAUUGUUAUUGUUUAGGUUUUUUAGAUUCAUCGUCGAACAGCUUCUGUUUUCUCGCAUGGAAAAUUCAUCAGGCGUGGCUCGGACGUUUUUCAUCAGAUUUUCUAUAAUUAUUGAGUUUUAAAUAUUGAAAUUAAUGGCAUCCUCUUUUGCAGGCAGAUGGUUUUUUUUCUUUAGGUAUUUAAUGUCGAAGUUCCUUUUUUUAUUGAGAUACGCGCGUCGCUGAUUAUUUUAGCGAAAUUUAAAUUGACGCUUUCUCGUUUUUUAUGUUAUUAGAAAUAUUUUUAUCAGUUGAACUGAAGCACUUGGAAGUGGGAAAUUAUUAUUAUUAGUUAUAUUGAAUUUUAUUAAAUUAUAUUCAAUUAUAUUCGAUUAUAUUCAAUUAUAUUAAAUUUUAUUAAAUUAUAUUCGAUUAUACUAAAUAUUAUUAUUAAUGUUAUCGUUAAUAUUAUUCAGAUUUUCAGUAUUUUAAUUGUUUGGACGUCCUUGAGACGAGCACAGAGUUUGUAUGCUUUUUAAAAUGAAAGCAAAACUAACGUCAAGUGUUUUACGACAUCUCAUUUGUUUGCUAAUUUUAGUAAUUUUAAUUUGAAAUAAUCGCGAAAAGUAUCUCGAGACAACGAUGUUGACGUUGAAUAUUUGAAAAAUUGUCGACCGUCUGCUUCCAAAAAAGGGCACCGCUUUAGUUUAAAUAUUUAAAGCUGCGCCAUUGCGCGAUUAUAAAGUCUGAUCGAAAAUGUUGUAGCUACGCCCAUGGACAUGUCCUUAUUGGACCGAGGGACAGUAUUUUAGGAUUCCCUAAAAAAGAAAAGCCCAGUGAACGAAACGCGUGGUCUUCUUUUUAUUAUCAAGAUGACUGUUUACAGAGAGCGUUAAAAAUGUUAUUUAAAUUUAUUUAAAUUUAUUUAAAUUUUAUUAAAUUUAAAUUUAUUUGCUAUGCGGACAUACCAAGGCCACUAUUGUUAUUUCUUUUUACACAGAUUAUUUUCCAAGAGAAUUUUUGCGUUUACUUGCGUGGUACUUCUCAUUAUUAUUUAUUUUGUUAUUAUUCUUAAAAUAAUUCUUUUUAUUAUUUUUUAUUUUUUUUUUUUGGAAAAAAGAAAUCCGAAUUUUUGCUUGCGAGAAGUUUCUAUUUUUCUCCUUUUUUCUUUAUUUCCUGUACAGUCGACGAUAAAAAGUGUGCCCUGAAAAUUCGAGUGUCAAUUUAAAUUGAAAAAUUUGAAUUCGGUGCGGAGCUGAAGAGGUUAGGCGUGUGCCGUUCGCGUGGAGUAUGCGAGAGCAUCGUUUCUCCGUCGGACCGGGACGUUUAAACGUUUCCUUUAAUUUAUUUGUAUCGUAUCACGUGGGUUCUUUUAAAAAACGUAAUCCUAUAUAACUGGUGUAACAGAAAAAAAAAGUAAGUCCACAAGGCGCGACUUACGUGGGGUAACAGCCAACUUGUGUUGCUUACAUUUUUUAUUGUUCUUCGUUUCUUUUUAAAGAUCGUUAGAUAGUUCUCUUUUCUCCCCCACCCCUCACCUCCCACCCUCGCCGCUGCGAUGAUUCAUUUGUUUUCCUUCGAAGCUGUUGUGUAUAUAUAUAUAUAUAUUAAUACUCUCCGCGCGACCAUUUUCUUCCUAACCUGUUGUUAUCCAAAGGAAUACCAAAGGGAUUUAUAUAAUAGGAUUUUUAAAUCGUACGUACAAACGCGUCAAUUGUUUACACACAUUAUAUUUUAUAUAUAUAUAUAAUAUAAUAUAUUAUCUACAUAGAA